ACUUGGGGCAGAACGCCGGCUAGCUGAGGCACAGAGCGGCUGCUCACUGCACUCUGAAGGAUGUUCCGGGCCCCUCAUAUCCUGACCUGGUCCUGUCUAACAAGGUCAUGGCUGCUGUUGAGAGCGUCUCCCCUGGCUGCUGUCCCUGAACACACUGGUGCUGUGUGCCAGGGGGCAAGACAUGUGAGCGGGAACCGGUGUGAAGGGAUUCCUGGAGGAGGCCGAAGCGAUGAGGGGUUAUCCUCGUUAUCCAAAGAGUCUGUGUCCAAUUCAAUCCAGCCACAUGUAUUCAACUGGGAGUGUGAUAAUCGUCAUCUGAGAGAGGUUUCACUUCAUAACUCUGUAUCCAAAACAAUUGUAUCCAGUCGUCAUCAGACCUCUCAACUUUCUACCUCAACCAAACCAGUUCCUGAUUCACAGAAAUCCACAGUGCUGAAAGUUCCAGGUCAGAACCCUCAAGCUGUGAGCCCUCACCAGGUCUGUUUGACCAACACAAGCUGCCUUCCACCCUGGAGGAGGCCUCUGGACUUCUUCCAUGUUUCACUCAGUUUCACCAACAAGUCUCAAUGUAACUCACAUAGCCAUUUACAUCACAGGCAGCACAUAGCCAGCUUAUCAGUUCUCACAUCACAGAUCUUGAGCCACUUUCACAGUAGAUCCCGAGCCACCAGCCUCUUUCUUCAGCAAAGCCGAGGUAUUCAUCAGGCUUCCCCUCGUUUGGUGGAUGACUGGAGAGACUGUCUAUCCCCGGAGAAUGAAAACAGGUGUCGACAGAGUCUUAGGUCCAACCUGAAGCUCUAUGACUCAGCAAGAUGGAGCAAAGCAGCAAGUCAGAGCCAAGGGAAGAAGCAGUUGAAAUAUGCAUCUGUCCUGGUGGCGCUCUGCAGUGUUGAGGGGCAGCCGGCGGUUCUCUUCACCCUGCGCUCCCUAAAACUGGGCAGGAACAAGGGAGACGUCAGCUUUGCAGGAGGAAAGAGUGAUCCAUCAGAUGGAGAUGUGGUGGCCACAGCGCUGAGGGAAACCUGGGAGGAGCUGGGUGUUAAUGUGGCAGCAGCCCGGGUCUGGGGUGUCCUGAAGCCUCUCAGGGACAAUACAGGGAUGAUGAUUGUUCCUGUGCUGGCUAACCUCGGGCCUGUAGAGGAGUUGUCGUUCAAACCAAACCCUGAAGAGGUGGAGGAAAUCUUCACUUUGCCCCUGUCCCACUUGUGCAACCCCCAGAACUGUGGCUACACACAUUUCCGCUCUGGUGAAAAGUUUGGAUACACACUCCCAGUGUUUCACAAUGACAAGAAGCGAGUGUGGGGUUUGACUGCCAUUGCUUUAGACCAAACCCUGAAAAUUAUUGUUCCCCCUUAACAGCUCUUUCACUGUAACUUUACAGUUUAGAUAUCUGUAGUACAAACUGUGUGACUCAAAGAUGUGAUUAUGAGAAACGUGCAAUCAAAUUUUGUGUAGCAGAACCAUGUCAGGAAUCGAUGUGAAUACCGUCUGUAUUUAUUUUGAACUAUGUCAAUUAUUCUCUUUAAAUGAGUGUCUUCUCUACUGUUCAAAACACUGCCAUAGUUUAGCCACUUCAGAAGAUAAAUCAUUUAGGUGCCUCCAUAUGAAAUAACUAUAGGCCAAUGUCCAAUCUACAUUUUUAAGUAAGCUUAGAGGAGCUUUCUGUGUCAGUUAAAUUAGGUUUUCGGACCACUCAUGGCACUGAAACAGCAACUUACAAUCAAUUCCUCAAAUGGUGACAGUUGCAUUACAGCUCCUACCGUUACUAUUCCCACACUCUACUUUCUGGUCUGCCUGACAAGAACGUAUCUCACCUACAACUUUAAUACUCGGCUGCUCCUGUGUUAAGCAAGACCAACAAGAGAGCACACAUUGCACCAAUUCUUAGGUCCCUGCAUUGGCUACUUCGUAUGCUUCUCAAUUGAUUUUUUUUAAGAUCAAUUUAAUGGUUUAUACAUGUCAAUGCCUUUUAUUCUAUGUACCUUAAUGGCCUUUUUAAUUCUACUCAAAGUCAGAACAGAAAACCCAUGGUGAAACAACUUUGUAUUACUUCAGCCAAAAGACCCCAAAGCAGCAGAGAAUGUGGAUUCUUUUAAAAGUAAAUUCAAGACCUACUUUUCAUUCUGGCUUUGAAUUAAUUGUAUUCAUGAUAUUUAUUUAAUUAAACGUCUCUGACUUUUAUUCAGUAUUCAGUAUUUGUUUUCCUUUGAGUAGUGUACUUUUAUGUCUAGUUUAACGUGAUUGAAAGCACUUGUUUUUAAUCUUUAUGAUUUGGUCUUAGUUUACCUGUCCUUUUUUGCGAAGGAAUAAUGUAUGUACACGUAUGCGUCAUUAUUUCUUGUGUGUUAGUGUUUUUGUUUGUUUGGGUAAGGUCUUGUUUUUAUUGCUUUUCUUCUCUAAAACACUGUUAUUUUAUGGAAAGUG